UUACAGUAAGCUUUUUUUACGUCAAAAAGUCAGAAAACCUGAUAAAUUAGGAGAAGUCCAUUCCCCUCCAGAAGCCAGUUACUCUAAAGUUCGCCAUCACGUCGCUUCCAACGCUUUUCGGUCACAUUCUCAGACGCUACUGCGCGGUGAAAACGAAUCCCAGCAAGAUCAUGGUGGUCACACACAACGUAAAGGGAUACGAUGAGUUCUCCAAGAAGAUGGAGGAACUGGAGAACGGCAACGAGCCGGUCCAUGUCCUCUUCAGCGGCGGCAAGGACGAGAAUGGACAGAGCUGGUGUCCCUACUGCGUCAAAGCGGAGCCGGUGAUACACGAUGCGUUGAAGAAGGCCCCCGGCAACUCGCACUUUGUGCAUGUGGAUGUGGGCGAGCGGGCAUACUGGAAGGACUUGAACUGCCCCUUCCGCAAGGAUCCCAACACACAUCUGAUCUUCUUGCCCACUCUGCUGCGCUGGAAGCAGCCACAGCGCCUGGACGGCGAGCGCUGCUCCAACCAGGAUCUCGUCGAGAUGAUGUUCGAGGAUGAGGAUUAAGUCUUAUACUUUACAUACAUAUAUUUUGGAACUUAACUCAAGUUGGAAUACACAGAAGUCUAAACACAUGUAAUUAAAACGUCCCUCAGUAA